AUGAGGUUCAAGGCGCGUCGAGACCCGGACGGCCAGGACGAGAAUCCCUACUUCGACCCGCGCGUCACACACCCUUCCUCUGGAUUAGUCCCCUCUAGGAGCGCUCCUCAGUCUCAUCAUCAACCUCAAGCCCAGCCCCAGUCUCAGCAUGCAGCAGCGAGUGGUACAGAACCCAGCACGCCGGCGCGUGAGCGCCCUCCCCCUCUGACAAGACCGUCUGCCUCCAGCAGCCGUGGUGGCCAAUUAGGUCGCCAGCAGUCAUCGAUCGGCCUCAGAAGACUGCGCGCUCCGUCACUGCCCACUGGCACUGCCCCCGUCGCAACAGACUGGCAACAGCCGAACCGUGAGCCACCAGCCGGUGAUGGUCAGAACGACGACACCCAGGGCACAGGUGGCCGGAGACGCUCUAGCUCCGACCCCCAACGUCCGACCUGGCUCACCGACCCAUCCCACAAUGGCCAGGGCCAGAGUGCUGUGCGCCACUUGCCUUCUGUCCCCGAGCUAUCAGAGAGUGGACCAAGCGCCGGGCGCGCCAGUCGAAAAGGCUCAAUGCUCUUCCGGCCAUGGAAGCAUAACCAACAGCAGAAAGCACAGCCGCAGUCAGCACAAGAUGCCGAGUACGAUACUAGGAUCGUUGAUCUUCUCGAUGUCCUCGAUCCUGAGGUGUCCACAUUGACUUCCAUCACCAAUGUUCAGAACUCACUGUUCAUCCCCUCGCUGGGGCGAUGGGUCAACAGGCGCCCAACUUACGACGUCUCUGAUAUGCGGGCCCCCGCGGCUGGGAAAUCACGAGAGGAAGUUGCGGAACAGCAACGACCCCCUUCACAUGCAGAGGAGCAACGUCCCGGCUCGGUCCGUGCUUACAGCAUCUCCUCCAACCUCGACAACGACCACUAUGCCGUCCUUCCACAUGGAGAAUCCUUGGAGGGAUGGAGCCAGGAAGAAGUCGAGAUGCUCAACGACCACGUCAGACACAUGUUGCAUUCACGGCGGUCCAAGUUCAAGCGCAGCCUGAAGGGGUUUGGGAGAUAUGUCAGCCGGCCUCUGGGCUUUUUUGUCACCCUUUACGCUACGCUCAUCACCCUAUUCGGCCUCGCAUGGGUUCUCUUUCUUAUCGGAUGGAUCUCUAUAGGAUCCAAACAAAGCUACCUCAUCAACAUCAUUGACUAUACUCUUGUUGCCCUCUUCGCAAUCAUGGGCGAUGGACUGGCCCCAUUCCGCGCGGUGGAUACAUAUCACAUGGCCUAUAUCGCACAUUACCAUCGUUUGAGCCUCAAACUGCGGCAGAAGCUGCUUCUUCCCAAGCUCCGGGACCCUAAUGACUUGCCUACCGACCCGGUCAUCCCAGACGUUGAAGCCGCGGCCGCUCACAAUGACCUCGCGGAUGUGGCACCCGGCAACGACUUUGCUGUCCUCUCUCCCAAACAGCAGGAGACGCUCGUGCAUCACCAGACUAAGUACGCCAAGUCGCACACAUUCUACAAACCACACGAGACGGAGACCCACUUCGCGUUUCCCCUCAACCUGAUGAUCACCAUCACGACCCUCCUCGACGUCCACAGCUGCCUGCAGAUCUCACUAGGAGCCUGUACAUAUGGCAUCAGACCCGAAAAUCGCCCGUUCGCGUUGACAACAGUCAUCCUGUGCUGUUCCAUCACGGUCAACGCGACCGCGGGCCUGCUCAUCUGGAUCGGGGACCGGCAAACGCGGAAGAAGGAUGUCAUCGAGCGGAUGACCAGACAGGAGAUGACCGAAGAGGCCAUGCAUGAGGUGCAGAAGAAGAAGAAAAAGGAGAUGGAGGCCGCCAGGUCGUCGAGCGAGGAGAAGGUCAACGGCGACGGUGGGUGGAGGGAGAGCCUGUCCCUCCCGAGGCUGAGCCUGGACAAGUUCGGAAACGCAAACAAGAAGGGAGAGAGCUCCGCGGCUCUGGAGAAGAAGGACCAGAGCCCCCAGGAGGCAGAGGGAGGACUGAAUACGCAUACUUAG